UAAUUCUUUGUCGAAUUCUCAGAUCUGUCAAAGUUUAACGAUAUGAAAAAAAAAAGAAAAUAGUGAAUAUUUAUCAAAAUCCAAAUUUGCAGUGGAUUAUAUAGCAUUCUUUGACUAUCGUUUUAGAAUGAAAUCUAGAAAUUACGGAACUAAAAUUUCAACGAAAAGUGUUUCAACGCCUUAAAAUCAGACGAGUAAUUAUACAAAAUUAAUUUUGACUACAAAUGUUGACAGUGGAUGUGCAUGCUAAUCCCUUAUCCGGAUUUUGUCUCUUAAUUUCGCUGGCAAGCUGGCUGGGAAUUUGCAGAUGGGGAUUUCGAUAUGACAUGCGAGAACAGGAAGUCGUUUAUCAUUUGGUGGUCUACUUUAUCAUAAUUACUCUACUAAAUAUGGUUUUCCUUGGACACAUACAAUUUACCUGUGAAAAUAUACCAGCAAAGACCUAAAUGGCGACAGUGUUUACAAAAUCGGUGAUAACUUGUCAACAAGAACAAGACUUGUUCAACUCAUUUUUCAAAGAAAACAGUAUUUAAUAUGAUUCCAGAUGGGUUGGCGCCACCCUUUUUUUAUUGCUAGGACUGUUUUAGUCCGCAAUAAUGAUGUCGAAGGAGCCUGUCGAAUUCUAAAUCGAAUUAUGGGGCGUGAAGAAAUUUUCGAUCAAUUUCGGAGAACAAGAUAUUACGAGAAACCAACCCAAACUCGACGUCGAGUUAACUAUCAGAUUUGCAAAGCCUUAUACGAUGAAGAUAUGAGCAGGAAAAUUCAACUUGUCUUGAGGACAAAUCGAUUGAGCCCUUUUCCCGGGGCUGUGUAAUUUUUAGUUUCAUGUAGCUUCUCAAUAAAUUUUGUGUUCGCGUCAAA